UAUGACAGUAGACUUGAGAUGUGACAUCAUCAUACCUGUGAUGACGUUGUACACACUCCGACAGUCGGUGUUGCACAGCCCAGCCAGGUGAAACUAUUUCUAGGAAAUCAUACCUAUCAGGAAGAUCGUGGGCUCACUUUAUAGUCUUGGUCUCUGUACGACGUCAUACAAUACCUGAUGAUGCAAUAGCACCAUUCUAGUCAGUUUGCAAGAAAUUGUGAUUCAAUUUGAAACACUUCAAAAGUGUUAUCUGAUGAAGAUAAAGGGAUUUCUUUUGUGCCUGUGUGCUGUCAUAGAAACUUGUAAGGCAUCGGUCAUUACCAUAGCAACUUACAACCUCUGGAAUGUCAUGUUUAAUUGGGACGUGAGGAAACAGUAUAUUGCGAGAAAACUUAGCCAAUUCAGUUUUGACGUUGCUGCUUUCCAAGAGGUACGAUCCCACCGAAGGUCAUCUUGGUCUCAGCUGCACGAACUUCAGGAGUUGUUGCCUAGUUACAAGUGGUUGCUAUACCAAUCAGUUCAAGAAGUCAUACCACCAAAAUAUGGUGCUCCCUCAGGUUGGGAGAUGGAAGGUUUGGGCAUUCUCAGUAGGCUUCCAAUUACCCAUCAUGCACUUCAGUCUUUAGUUCAAGAUUCUCGGCUUGAUAAGAAUAAGCGUGUUGUGUUACAUGCAAAUGUUUCCCUAUCUGGGGGUAAAUCAUUCAACGUCUCAGUAGUACAUCUAUCCUCAGACAGGAGGCAGCAGUGCAGUAACGUAGCGCAGAUUUUAAACCAUCUUAAAGAUCACACAACAGCAUGUUCUGUAAUACUAGGCGAUUUCAACACCUACAAUGACUAUGAAUGGCCUAUGUUGGCCCUACAGGAGGGCAAGAUCUCAUCCAUCAAUAAAUGUUACAUCUCCCUCCAGCAAUAUGCCUCACUGGAGAAAGUUCAAUCUUACGUUGAUGUGUGGAAGCAAGCUAAUCCAGCAAAACAAGGCUACACAUUCAGUAAUAUGCCCAAGCCUGGAUUUGAGAGUCGACCAGACCGUAUACUUGUAAGUGACGGCUGUUUUUCGAUCAAGAGCUCACAGCUCGCAGGCUUCGGCAGUGAAUACAAGACCAUGUUUGUAAAUAAAGUGAUAAAGAGUCGAUACCGCUCAGUGUUUGAAAGUGGUAAAGCCUCAUACUAUGCUUUCUCUGGCAGCUCAUGUUACUUUGACUGCGGGCCACACGGAUCCUGCAGGUGCGGAAUCUGUGUUGACGGAGGCAACAAACGUAACUGCCCGCUGCCCAACUGUUCAGAAUGCAGUGCGACUCUUUUCAAACAAUUUAUGGUUCUUGCUGCUUUUACCCUUUAUCUAAUUUUAAACUGUUUAUAUACAAUUUUAAAAUGUUUACAUAUAUUAAAGACAAUGUCAAGCAAUUGUGAUAAUUUAUUCAACAAAUUGUUUUUCAAAUGUGAAAAGAAUAUACGGAGAAAAUGGUGGUUGUAUAUUUGUUGCCCAUUCUAUCGUCUGCCAAUCAUAUGUGCAAUUAUUUUGAAUGUUGUCUUCUUAAUAGGAAUUUUUUGUUUGUGGCAAAAUAUUUUUAAAGAAACACUGACUACUGUGAAUGCAAUUAUUCCAGAAGAAUUCAACCCUUCUGACCAUCUUAUGGUCACUGGUCAGUUGAUGAUUAUUUGACCUAAUAAUAAUUUUUGAGGCGUAACUAUUAUUUGACCUUAUUAUUAACUAUUAUUUUGAGGCAAAUUAUUAUUAUUGACGCAUACUAUUAUUUUACCUAAUAAUAAUUUUUCAGGCAUAACUUUUUUUUUCGGUAAAUAUUCUCCUGUUAUUUUUUUGAUAAUGAAUAUUUGAUUAGCUUUUUAUUUAAUGCUUAUAAAAUGGGUCUUUAGUUAAGUAAUGAAAAUUGUUUCGCUUGGCAAUAACAGACCCGAUGCAGUGCAAUAAAUAUUGCAGUUGGCUUGCUCUUCUUCGGAGAGGGUUCUGCAUUCUUUAUAGUGCAAAAGAGCCAUGGUUUACUCAUGAACAAAAAUGUUUCAGUAAGCUGUAACCUGUAUUUUACCAGGAGCUUGAUGGAAAAGAACCAGACACAUGUUUCUUAUUAUUUGCAUAGUAGUAUAGUUUAAUAUAAAAAGUUUAGUAAUAAAUUCAUAAAUAUAUUUAAAUGUUAAUAAAAUAUAUAAAAACUAAAUUUGUAGAUUUCCUUGUAUGAUUUUAAACUUCUUGAUUGUUGAAUUUCUUUUUGAAUGUUUUGUGAAUUUCUUUUGCGAAUAUAAUUGAAUGUAAAUGUUCAUGUAAUUGUAAUUUUAAUAUGAAAUUUUUAAUAUAUUUUUCUCUUUCGUGGGGAUUUUCCCACCUUUAUUUCUUUUCUCAUUUUGUUAUUUUUAUUUUUUUUUUUUGCAUCAAAAACACCAAUAAUAACAGAUUUAAAUCUCCAUGCUUUAGUGCACACACAGUAGUUCCAGCAGUUAACUAACUUGCAACAUUCUUCUCUCAAUAAAACAUAUAGAAAUCGCAAUUUGUACCAAAAAUCAAUACAUGUGUAACAGUUAAUUUGCUCACAUAGAUCAUACAUAGAUCAUAAAGAAUCCCAGAAACUCUAAAUUAUUCAACUGAAUACUGCUAAGUAUAGUCAAGCUAACUUCACAAUGUUAUUCUUUUUUCUGCUUUAUUGUUAUUCUUUUUUGAAGCAUGUUAGAAAAUUGAUUGUUGUUAGUCAUCUUUACAACACGAAAAAAAAAAUGCAUCGGGAAAGAUAAAUUUUGUUAUCAGUGAACUUUGAUUGUAAAGAUAAUUGAUUCAAAUAUAAAUUCACACAGAACCCGAAAAAAACACUAAAAAGGAAAAAUUUGCUGGAGAAUUAUGCUGCAAUACAGACUGGAAUCCCCAUAAAAUUGACACGAUUGCAGCCUUUUUUUAGCUAAUGUUAAAUAGCUGUAGCUCACCAUCCAAUUUGAGAUUAUUCUAAUUUGAGACCUCUUUUUAAAACUACUGUACAACUGAUCCCAUCUUCUAAUUCCGAGUUCCCUCUUGUUUCAGACCAGAACAACGUUGUAAGUCCAAAGCGAUAAUGACCGCCAAUGCAAUCAUCACUUUAAAAAAUAAAUACAUGUUAAAAAAAUAUUUUUUUAUGAUUAAUUUCGUAAUCUAAAUAAUCGUUUAGAAAUGUUAGUUUUUUGCCUAAAACAGCUAAUGGUUUUACUCAACCUAGUUUCGUAUAUACCUACAUUCCGAGUUUCUUGCUAAUAAGUGGCCGUCCCCAGAACAAGUUGCAUUGCAUUUAAAGUAAUGCUUUUUUUAUAACCUACCUACAUUAUUAACAUCCGAUCACUUCUGUGACACAAACAUUGUAGUGUUUCAACCCUCAAAUGUGGUAAUUUUGUAAUUCCAGACAACUAUUGACAAAGCCACCUAUGUUUAAAAGAUGUAUUGAAUAUGACAACAAAAAUUAAAGGAUAAUAUUGAAAUUAACUUUAUGAAAAUAAUAAAAGCACUUACUACAGUGA